UUCGCCAGUUGCCCCCAUACUAGUUGUGUGGACUUUCAUCAUCUGUAUCAUUUUAAAGUUUCAUGCAGGUUUAAAGGACAACAUGACAGGCGUGGAUAUUGUUUAUGAUAAGAUCCACUUCGGACACGACCCGAAGUGGAGCGGCCGGCUGGGGCCUGCGGAGGGCGGCGGGCUGCUGCUGUGUGUGGCCUGUGUGGUGGAGAUGAUCGAAAGUGAAGAUAUAGCGUCUGUGAGGAAGUCUUUUGCCUUGUCUGGGAUCAGCGGGGUGCUGAAGUGUUCUCCAGGGGCUCUGAGAGAGCUGCUCAGACAGGACCACCGAGUCUCUGUGCGCUUCACAGCUUCUCUACUGGGUAUGCUUCACACCGUGGAGGACCAGGCCACUCUUGAAAAGGUGGAUCAAGUGCUGGUUCAGCUGCUGUUGGAGCUCCAGAGCGAGCUGUCAUACCGUUUUGUUUUGGAGGAAAUACACAAACAGCUGAAUGACCAGCUCAAUAUGAAGAGUUUCCUGCCCACCUUCACCUUUUUGGGGAACCUGGUGGAAGCAGUCCCCAACGUGGCCCAGAGUCUGGUGACCCAGUAUGUUCCCCUUCUGGAGCAGCUCUGCUCAGCCUUGCUUUACCCUGAUGAAGCGCUGAAGGCUUCGGUCCUGCAUGUGUGGCUCAAACUGUUUGGGACAGCGGGGGGGUCGGCAGCCCAAUCCCUGCCCCCCGCCAUCAGGGACAGAGUGUGUGUCCUGUUGCUGCAGACACUGGCCAACGCCGGAUCCAACCGACUCAUCAACAACUGUGUUGACCUGCUGUGGCUGCUGGUGCAGAUCCGAGAGGCGGUGUCAGUUCUGAUGAGCAGCCCUGGUGAUCUGAUCCCGUGCCAUGAGAACCAGAACCUCCGUACCAACAACGAGCAGAACCUGAGCCAAAACCAAGAGCAACAGUCCCCGGACCAAUGCCCUCUGCCUCUCAUUCUGAAAAAGUUGCUGAUGAGUGGUGAUGAGACGUUGCAGGCGACCAGUGCGAAGUGUAUUGCAGCCGUCCUGGUUCAUUCACCCAGUCAGUGCAGCACUCCCUUCAUCAAGGCUGAUGUACCUGAGUUUCUGUUCGACCGUCUGGCCGGUAGCAGCAGUGGUGAGCUGCUGUGGUCGGCCUACAGCUGUCUGGUGUUACUGACAGACGACCCACUCUUCUUCUCCCAGUGUCACUCUGUCUACGGCAUUGAGUCUCUGGUGCGCAGUCUGAACGAGGCUCUGCAGCUGACCAACCUGGAGGUGCCGAAACAGGGUCUGCUGCUCCUCACUGAGAUACUGGAGAGGCAGCCCCCUAGUGAGCGUCUGUUCCCCGGUGCUUCAGGCUUUGCGGCGGUUUCUGAGGCAGUGUCAGGUGGAGUCUCCUCCUCCUGUCUGAAGGUGGCCACACAGGCUGCCAGCGCCGCAUCUGCCCUGUUCAGACUGAACCACCAGUCCAGACCGGUGCUUUAUGGGAAGAUAGAAGGAUUGAUUGAAGCCAUCACUAACAGAUUCCCCGAGCUGCCACUACCCUCUCAUCCUCAUCGUGGAAUCUCUAGGAAUCUGACGAGGUCAGGCAAAGACAGCCAGGCCUCAAGAGCCGAGGGAUUUCUGUUCCAGGCGCUGAUCUGUUUUCAGGCUGCCUGCAGGCUGGCUGAGGAGUGUGCAUCAGAGCCCGUCCUGAAGGAAAACACAUUCACAGCUCCCUCUAAACAGAGCCAAUCCCAGGACUCACUGGAGUCUCUGUGCAAAUGUCUGCUGUGCUGCUGCGACUCCGUCUGGAUACCCACUGUCAUUAGAAUGUGUCAGGAGGCACCCCACGCUCAGAUUCUGCAGCACUUCUACUCCAUCCUGUCCUCCCAGUUCACCCUGGUUCCGUCUCUCAUGCCUGUCUUUGUGAAUAAGCUAGCCUCGUCUGGUUUCUUCAGGCUGCCUCUGGAGCACAAAGGCUUGCUCUGUGCGGGGAACAGGCACCAACGUCUGAACGCAUCAUGCUGUGGUUUUCUACAGAAACUCAGCAUGUGUCUACUUUUCCAGUCAGACCCUGCUGCGAGCUCCUGCCAGAGUGAUUUUGAGGAGGUGGAGAAUCUCAUGCUGCACAACCUCCCGUCUCUGUGUUGCCGCCUGUCAGACUGGCCCUCUCUGCUCUGUGACACCCCGGGGCUCCAGCUGAGUGAAUAUAAAGGACCAAGGGCCACCCAGUACUGCAUGGUGAUAUUGCUGCACCUCGCCAUGCAGCAUGGAGACAGGCUCCUCCCGGACCAGAUGGUGUUCUCCAGUGUGGUGUGGCUGCUGCGCUCGGUGCAGGCGCAAGGCGGCUGCGCUCCUCCUCGCUUCGUGCUCCGCUCCGCCCUCUACCUGCUGGCAGCGACACAAGACAAGAUCCCAAACCUCGACAGGGCUCCUUUGAGCUGCAUCAGCAAGGCGCUCUCCUCCCAAAGCUUCUCCUCCCUCUACAUCCACCACCCUGCUCUCCUCCACUUCAUCUAUCGAUAUCCCGAUCUAGUGGAGAAAUUCGGGUCGCUGGUCCUGGAGCUUUGGUUGACCAAGCAGACGCAGCACACAGAUGCAGAGCAGAGCACGCUGGUCGGCUUUUAUUUCUUGGUACAGGAGAAAGGAGAGUGGAGAGAAAGCGGUGCGGAGGAGGAUAAGGAGCCGGACACAGAAACACUGGAGCUGCUGACUCUGAUAGACAAACACCCAGCUGUCCUGCUGACCCUCCUGGACAUGGUCUGCAGCAGAGAGCCCCCCCUGGCAGGCAGAGCUCUGGGAGUGCUGGAAGUCCUUCUGCGAGCUCAGAGAGACUUUGAGUCUGACUUGUGUUUCAGUCUGAGGCCGGCCGUGCUGCAGGCGCUGCAGAGACACAGUUUGGAGAACAUGGGACAUGGACUCAGCCAGGGACACGCUGCACAGGCGGUGAACUCGCUCCCUCUGCUGCUGAAGCUGCUCUGCGUGAUGCAGGCCAGCGACCCGCCUUCAUCCUCCUCUGACAGCAGCAAGAUGGACGGCGUGCACUUCAAGCUGCUGUAUCACGUGAGUAAUUUAGCAGGGAGGCUGAAGCCCAGCGACACAGAGAGCCUGCUUCCCGCCCUCAGCUUCCUGUACUGCUGCCUGAGCCUGUCCCCGGCACACUGCACCGACAGAGCUGUCUCCGUGCUGCUCUCCAACAGCGGCCUGAUGGACCAGCUGCAGACAGUCCUCUCUUCCUCCUCCUCCUCCUCUUCCUUACUUGCUCCAUCAGCCUGUCCUCCCUCAGCCCUGCUGUGCUGCAGCCACCUCCUCCUGUCCUCCCUUAUUACCUUGCAACGCGUUCACUCGUCUCAGGUCCAAAAGAGCAUCAGUUGGAGUCUGGACGAAGCUGUGCAGCGACUCCUCGUUCAGAAACGAAACACGGACAAUCUCUCGCUGGUCAGCCUCCUGAGGUUGCUGCAGGCUCUCCUUGAUGCUGACCUGGGAUCAGCAGUGGUGUCUCUGACCAGCGGUCCUGGCCUCGUGGGGCCUCGUCCCCUGGGGGUGGAAGACGGGUCUUUGUACCCUCUCGGCACCAGAGGAGCUCAGUGCCUCUCCACGGCUCUCAGCGGACUUCUUCUGCAGAAGCACGAGCUGUUGCUGAGAGCUUCAGUGAACUGUCUGGGCUCCCUGCUGGGCUUCCUGCAGAGGAGAAGUCCCUCCACAGCGAAGUUCGUGGUGUGUCAGCCGUGGAGUCGGUUCCUCAUCUACUGCCUGCUCAGCUCAGGAGAGAGCAGCCGUCUGCACCCCGUGGUCCUCAAACUCAUCACCAUCCUCCUGCAGCACGGCAGCAGUACGGCGGUGCUGUGGGAGCCUGACCUGCUGCAGGUGAUGGAGGCGGUGGAGGGGAGGGGGGUGAAGGAGCUCAGCGAGGAGGCAGCACAGAGCCUCAGGCAGCUGCUCACUCAGAUCCAGAGGAGCGUCCUGCAGCCUCCGCUCACAGAGGAGCAGAAGCAGAGAGUGAGGAGUGUGAUCAAGUCCCUCGCCCUUCACACUCCUCCAAAUCUGCCCGGCAACGUCCUGCGAGUUAGAGACGUGUCCAUCUGUCUUUCUGACUUCACAGUGAAAUCAGACUGAGGUUUUCCAGUAAACUACAAAACUCAACAAGCCAUGAAUCUGGCUGGAAUCAUUUUUGUUUUAAAUUUGUAUGUAUGCACCAUGACAUCAAGUCAGGUUCCUUGUACGUGUGAACCUGGCA